AUGGAACCCGUAAACAAGCAACAACAAGAAGGAGAACAAUCCAAUCAUGUUCAACAAGGAGAAGAUGAGGAAAUGGUAAAUAUUGAAAAUGAUGAUGAUGAAGAAGAAGAAGAGGAACAUGAUUCCGGAAUGGAUGAUGCUGCUCAACAACACGCUCAUCAUCUCUACCAAAUGCAAAUGCAAGGAGCAGGCUAUAUUCAUCAUCCCGGUACCGACAUGAAUACUGCUACGGAUCCUUCUAUGGUCCAAUCGGGUUCUGCUUUUGUUCAUCCUGCUGCCUAUCCUCCAGGCAUGGAGGCCUACUAUGCCGGAAUUUCGACCUCAGCAGAUUAUGCCAUGCAACAACAUCAAUAUUAUAUUCAACAAAGUAUGCAAAUGCAACGUUUUCUUGCUACUCUCUCUCCAGUUCAACAACAACAAUAUUUGGCUCAAAUGCAAGCAUCCCGAAGUCCACAAUUCAUGAAAUAUGCUGCUUCGCAACAAAAGUACGCGGGUAGCUCUUCUUCGGUACCAAGCACCAGCCAGUAUACCAAUGGUAGUGAGCCUGCCACUGAUACUCCAACACCAACAUCACCUCCUUCAUCUCCAACAGAAAACGGAUCUAAGAAGAAGAGAGGAAAAAAGAGCAGCUCCACAACAAGUAGUAGUAAUAACCUUAUUGACUCGGGCGAAAGUAAAAAGGGAGAAAAGACCAGACAACGAGCUGUGAGGCACAACUGGACAAAAGCUCAAGAUGAUGCUCUUCUUAAAGCAAUUAGUUCUCAACAAUAUAGUGAAAAUGGACAAAAGAUUCGUUGGACCAAGAUUUCUCAAGAAGUAUUCGGAAGCAAACUCACUCCACAAAGUGUUUAUCAGAGAUAUAUGAGAGUUAUUAAUCCAAAAUUGAAUCAUAGGGAAUGGACUAUUGCUGAAGAUAAGAAACUAACAGAAUUAUAUCAUGAAAUGGGUGAUCAAUGGGCACAAAUCGCAAAAAAGAUGAAUGGUGUUCGUGCAGAUGUUUGGAUCAGACAACGUGCUGUGAGACUUGGUCUCAUUUCUGAAGCUGCUGCAGCAGCAUCUGCAAGUGCCAGUACAACUUCAAAACCAUCAAAGAAAAGAAAAGAUGACGACGCUGAAGAUGACACUCUUGAGAUUGACGGCGAGACCGAGGGCAAGAAAAAGAAAACUAAGAAGAAAUCUUCAAAGAAGAGUAAGAAGAAGAAAAAGUCAUCUCAUGACAGCGAUGCAGAAGAUUCAAAGAUUAGCAAGACAGAGGACUCUUCUUCUGUAAAAAGCUGUGGCCGACGAAAGAACCCAAAUCCACGAAGCGGAGAGGUUAGCAUCGUUUUUGCUCCUUUGGCAACUCAAGAGAUUGAGGUUAAACAAGAAGAGCAAGAAAAUAUUGUCACAACGACGUCCAAUCAUGUCGUAGUAGAAGGAACCCCAAGACCAAAAGUAUUUUUGCAACGAAAGGUUAGAAAGAAGCACGUUCCAAAAUUCAAUAAUUUAGACGCCAUUUUGAAUCAUACCUACGAUUUGGUGCCACAAGAAAAGUACAUUUCCGUGAGCAUUCGAUCAUCUGAAAUUUUCCGCAAUUUCCAACCAAUUCCAGAUCAUCCUCUUAAGGUUGACUGUCUUCUAGGUCUAUAUUUUGGAACUAAUGAAAAAAACGUUUGCCUUUCAUCAUAUAGGACAAUGGUUACUGAUCCAGAACCUUUAGUGCAAUUGGAUGUAUCCUUUCCUACCAAUCUAGUUUCAUUCUUCUCCAAAUGCAAAUUGAGAAGAAAUACAAAGAGCUCACUAUUUUUAUGUGUAGCCCUAAGACAGGCAGCGUUAGUUCAUGCUUAUGAUGACGAUCCCAAUGUUCACACAAUACCGUUAUAUUGGGACAAGCAUAACUAUGGAGCAACAGUUUUUUCUUAUCAUACAAUUGCGGGAUUUCUAUCUGGCCAAUAUCCUUUGCAUUUAAAAACAUCCACUGGUAUCAUGCUUCAAUCACCUUUAACCAUCAAUGUUAACUUUUUAGAUAAGCCUGACAAAUUGAGCGACUAUCCAUUAGAACUAUCAAAAGUUCAUUAUAGAGAGCUUUCCAAUCAUCUCAACAUUUCCACAAACUCUCAAGGUCUAGAUACCCAUAUCGACCAACAAGAAGACAUUGUUCAAUUUAUGAUAUACAAGGCAAAUUAUAUCAAUUCACAUACAAGAGGAGUUGAGAGACUUUGGUUACGUUGGGACAUGAGCUGUCCUCUCGAAGACGAUUUUGAUUCUGGUAAUAUGAUGAUUAUGGGAGCAAACACAGACGAAGACGCUUUUGCUCAACUAAAGAAGCACCUCUCUGAAAAGCAUGGAGAUAGAUUUGAAAUUCAGUUUGAAGGAAGAGAAGGAGAAACUGGCACUUAUGUCAUUAGUAUGAACCAAUAUAAGAAUUGGUAUAAUCAAGUUCAAUAUAUGGACAGAAAACGUUUAAUGCUGCUUGAUCCUUGCACCAUGGAUGCUUCUCAAUUAACUCCAGUCCAAAAACAAUUUAUGGAUAUUUGGAAUACUUUCCUUCUUGACAGCUACAAACUAUUGAUGUCAGAUAUGGAUUCAUUUGAAGCAUGUCGUGCACUCUAUCUUUCAGAAAAAUCCAAAUUAGAUGCAGACGAAAUGAAAGAAAUAUUGGCACACCAGUUCUUGAGGUUGACAAGUUUGAAUCAAAUUCAACACAUUCAACAAGUGCAACAAAGCAUGCAUUACGCUCAAAUGCAAAUGGUGCAACAAAAUAUGCAUGCUGCAGCCAUUGGUGCCCCACAGGAAGAAGAGGAGGAAGAAGACGAAGGAGAAGACGAAGAAGACCAAUAA